CCCUAGUAAUCAUUUUUUAACGUGUUACUGUUCAUAAAUGACAUUAGUUUAUAUAUUGACCCUACUCUUCGACGAGGGUAUUCGAGUUGUCAAACUAUCUCACUCAAAGCCAAUUUGAAUUAUGUAGAGUGUCUCUCGCAUUCGAUUUAGGGGGACGGUUAUUACGGAAUCGUUAACUAUGAACAUAGAUAUCAGAGGUGUAGAUUACAUGCUGUUUCAAGGAACUGUUGACGCUGGAUUGACGGGAGAUGUUCAGAACGCCUUAUGCGUUAACCAGAAACAGACAGAUCCAGCCUUUGACAAGGUGGUGGAUGAACCACUGACAUCAUCUGCUUAUGAAAAGACGACGGGAAUUGUGCCAUCAGAACGGCCUAAAAGUCGAUUCAAAAGUUCAGUGGUGCUUGGAUCCAUAGACGCAACCACAUUGCUAGAGGAAAACAACGGGCAGAGUGUUGAGUUUGAUGAUAACGUUCCCUUCGAUGGCCUGUUAGCGAUAUCUGCAAUGGAAGAAAACGAAGAAUAUAUACAGAAUGUUUCUAAUACUCAAGAUUUAUUGGAUAAGGAAGGAAAUGAUUUUACAUUUUUUAAAAAACUACAUGAGGAUCAGAAAUUCCGUUAUGAUUCCAAUCACUCCCUAUCUUCUACUGGUUAUGAAACCUUAGAAAUGAUCGAUGAUGAUGUAAAUAACAGUUUAGAUAGUUUGCGGCAAAAACUUGAUGAAGGUUCUAGCGAGAAUUUGCACAAUGCCAAAACCAGUAAUAUGAAGUUCAAUUUUGAAUCAAAAUGGAACGACGUUAGCAAUAAUCGUCAAAUAAAGACAGAUAAUAUUACGGAUUCUACCAAAAGUCAUCAUGAAUCAGAAAUCGAAUCAAAUUCAGAUUUCGUGAAUAAGAAAUAUGUAAUAUUACUUGAUGCAUCAGAUGAUGAGGAUGGAGAUGAUAAUUCUAUAGUCAAUUUUCUGAUGGCAAAUCGCGAUAUGCUUAACACAAAUAAAUUGGAACAGGAGGAUGAAACUUUGCAACUGAUUGCAUAUCGUCAAACCUUUCAUUUGGAUGACCAAUCGACUUGUAGGGAACUUCGUAAACAAAAUUCGUCAGAAAUCAAUGAUCUAUCACCUGUUAGUGCCAAGAAUUCUACUAGUCAAAAUCUACCAACAGAUGAAUUCGGGUCAGUGAAUACGACGAUAUUGGACUACAAUCAAAACUUCAAUGAAACAUACACCGUGUCUAUAUCUACUUCGAAUAAAAAGACUAAACAAAUGGUAACUUUUAGCACCAACGACUCUGAAAGUGCCAGUGGACAGGACAAAAAGGAGCUACACUCAUGUAAUAGAAGGCCUGAGGCUCUGAAAAUGUCCGAAAAUCAAAAUACCAAAAGUAAUUCCGAUUUCAGAAAUAAUUGUGCCACAAUACAUUCUUUCAAUGAAGAAACGUCUCUACAAUCCAUGAACCUCUUUCAGCCCCAUUCUUCCUGUGAAAAUCACAUUCAGGAUAUUGAUAACAGAAUAAAGAUGGAAGUGGGCAGAGUGUCGUUAAACUCGAACACUUCAUAUUCAGUCAAAAAAAAUGUGACAGACUCUCUUAAAACAGCAACGAAUCAACGAAAAAGUUGUGACAUAACUAGUAGAAGGAGACGUACCUCACACCAAAGUUUUCGUCGCUACACAAGAAGCACAACUAUGCCCUUGAUGAAAGCAAAGAACUUUCCGAUGCUAUGUAUGAGAAAUGCUUCUGUAGUUAGAAAACGAUACAGUAUGCAAACAAGUCGAAAGUUAUCAGCAUUCCGAAAAUUGAGAAAGCUAAAUCAGAAAGUUUUUGCAGAUUCUAUUAGAAUGAGAGCUUUUGAAGAUUCGAACUACACGAAGGUAUCAAACAAGUCUGAGAGUAUUGAAAGAUCUUGUAUAAUAGAUUUGCCAGUAGCAGAUACCAAAGAUGUGUUUAAAACAAAUGUAAACAAUGAUUCUGGAAUAUUGAAAUCGCGAAAUUUGUUGGAAAAACAGAUGAAUAAAAAUCCAACCUCUGAACAGCAGUUUGCGAAUUCAAUAGCUGGAUGCACAGAAAUGAAAUUGGAAACUGUAAUUAAUUGGACAGAAAGUACCGAUGAUUCUACAAGUGACUGUACUACAGCACCUACUAUUAAAAUUGAAGUAGAAUCUGAUGAUGAAGCUGAAGAUUCUAACGUUGACAUGCUUCAUUUUAUGUUGUUGAAAGAAAUGUGGAGUAAUAAAAAUGCAAAUGAACAAUUAGACAUUAGCGAGACAUACCUAGAACAAAAUGAACUUUUCGUUACUUUGUUGAAGGAAUUUUUGAACAAAAAAAAUUGUUCUAUGUACAUACCUCAGUUAACAGGGAUCGAUAAAUUUCUGAAGGAACGAAAUAUCAAUAUAGUCACAGCCGGUACACAUAAUAAUAUAGUAAGCCAGAAAAAGGCAUAUCCUUCAAAAAGUGAUGCAGAUACAUUUUCAACAAAAACUGCAUUUACCAAGUCAUUUGAAUCUUUGGACGCUAAUAUAAAAAGCAAUUCUAACCAUUCUCGAUCUCUGCGAAAGCAAACCACAGUAUCCGAUGUGCCUUAUCUGGAAGAUGAGAAAUUUCUUUAUCGUCAUGAUAUGUCCUCAAUGAGAAAAAAUCUAUCACCAGUACCAACACCUACUUUCAAUGAUGACCUAAAAAUUGAGAAACCAAAUUGCGAAUGCAGUAUGCAAGACGAAGUGCACGUAAAAACGGAAUUUUGCAAUGUUAACUACUGUGAACAAUAUGAUACUGCAAGCAAUGUUAUGCUAUCAAUGCAUAAAAUUUAUGAUGCGAACGAGACCAGCACUGUGAAAUCAGAGAUGGAAAAUUUUGAAGAUGAAAUGGACAUUGAUGAAACUAAAGAAAUAAUAUUCCCUGAAGGUAUAGGAAGUAUGAACUUACCUUUCAAUUGCAAGUGCAGUGAAAAUUUUAUAUAUGGAACACAUAUCGGUACUGCCUGCGAUGCAGUUCAAAAAUAUUCUUGUAACUGUAAUGAAUCACAAGAUUUUGAUUGUAAGGACUUGGAUAACAGUUCUGGAGUAACUAAGAGUCAAUAUUCCUCCUAUACAUACAGCGUUAGAAAGAGCCAAAGAUUAGAAUGCCCCAGAAAUCAAAUUUCACAGCCUGUUGUGAAAUUAGAAAUAAUGGACCCAGAAAACUGCAGAGCCCAACCAACUGUGAUAUUGAAAGAGAGAAGAAAAAAGUCAGGACAUCAGGAUUCUUGUCGGACUCUUCCAGAUAAAAAAAGAAGAGUGAAACGGGCUCUCCAACAUUCUGCUAAAAGAAAACUAGAACCUCAAGAAUGUAUAAGUGCAAGAACCAGAAGUAGAUGUACCAGAAGUUCAAAGAAUUCACAAACUCAAAUUCAACAUUCUUCCGAUCCUUUGGCACGUCAGAAAAGAAAGCGACCCAAAAAUUCAACCGCAAUUGAAUCAAGAUGCACAAAACGCAAGGCUAGACGUACUAGAAGAGUUUCUGCAUCGACUCAAAUAAUUUCAGGUAAUGAACACGGCAAAAACAAUUCAGAUAUGGAAAUAAUAGAACGCACUUCAGAAUGUUCAGUGAAUCAAUCCCCUCGCAAAAACAUUCGUAGUACAAAACGAAAACUCAGACCAAGACGUCAAAAUCCAAUGAAGGACGAAGCACAUGAACCGAUAAUACACAGAACGAAAUCUAAACAUUCUAUGGAAUCAAAAAUAUUGCCAAAUUUACAACUUCGUAUAGCAGAUCAGAUAUCUGACAUUUGCAAGGCAAACAAGGAUAAUAUCGCUAGAAACAAUCGUACUAAAGAUAUGUCUAAAAGCUUAGUCAAGACGAAAGGUGAGAAAAAUAUACCGAGAAUUUUGAAACGUAACGCAAAGCCUUCAAAUUCUAAAAAUCAAAUGGAAACUGACCAACAAAGUAUAGACGGCGAAAACACGGUCCAUUUGACAUACCAAGUUCUGCGAUCUACAUUGCAAAAAACACAUCCUAUUGGAAACGACAAAGCUGUAUCAACAGAAAAAGAUUCCACAGUAUUAUCUACCAAUGGAUACACAUCUGAUACUUCCAACAAUAUACAAGGCGAAAAAGAGAUAUCUGAGGAGCCUGUGGAAACAACAGAAACAGUGGAAAAUAUUCGAGCACCAACAAUAAAUUUAUGCAAUGAUCUCUAUACACGAUACUUUACAAAUUUCAUCACUGCAAGCGGCUACAAAGUGAAAUUUUGCUAUGUUAAUAGAAGACUUGCAGUAUUGAACGCUGUCAUAGCAAACGCAGAUGAAGCAGACAGUUUUGUAAAAGCAUUUUCACAGUUCGACUGUGCAAAUUACAAUGUGUGGAGAGAUACCAAACAGGGAAGGUAUAUUUUACAUCGUACAUGGCUUUGUGGGAUUAACGGAUCUCAAGAUCCAGAUGUUAAUUACAAAAAUUUGUCAUGUCAAGCAAGGAUACACAUUUCUGUAGACAAUCCCACCACUCAUGAUUUUAAUGCUCAUGUUUUGAUUUAUAAAGAACACACUCAUUAUUCAGCAAAUAAAGAACAGUUAUUACGUAUUAUUCCUCUGUAACAUUAAUUACAUUAAAAGUAUAAUUAUAUUGACUUCUGAGAACCGAAGUGUAUAUUUUUUUACGUCUAUAAUAAAUCCUAUAGCUUAAGAUAGUAAGUUAAGGUUGGGGUUUACAAAUUUGUUUACCUAUAAAUUAAAAAAUUUCUCAAUUUUGGAAGCCCUAAAGUUUUUGCACGUUUUCUCAAAGUCGACAACGAUGCAAAAUCAAAAUUCAAAUCACGCAAAAGCUAUUCAUUAAAAAACUAUCUACCUUACGGAAAAUGCUCAUUCGUGACUAAAAUUAGUACAAGGUUUUUUUUUUCAAAUAGCAUUAUUGUGCACGUUAUUUUUAAAAACCCACUACAAAUUCAAAUAUUAUUACGAAAGAACUUAUCACUUCGGCGCUUAAAUCUAUAUUAAGAAAAGAUAACUCGUUAAACAUGCUUCUUUACCAAAGGUAUAAGAAGAGUUAAAGUUUAUGUUUUUAAUAUUCAUUAAUUUAAAGUCGUAAUUUGUUUUGUAUCAAUUAUUUAUUUUUCCAUACAAAUUAUAAACAUGUUUUUUUCAAAUACUGUACAUAUACUGAGUUCUAUUAUACUUUUAAACCUCUAAUUUAAUGAUAUAUUUCAUUUAUUUUCAUUUACUUGUUAAGUCAACUACUUUGAUCCUCAUUUCGUUUCAUUUAUGAUAAUAUAAUAUACAGGUAGAUUUUCUUCAUCUCCAUUAUUUUCAAUUUUUUUUUUAUCUGUUUCAUUAUGAUCAAGCUCAAUUCAUUGAUAUGGCAGUUCCAGAUAUGGACAUAUUAAAACUUUACUUCAGGUGUGUUAUAAUGGUUUUCCCACUGCAGAAUAGUACGCUCUUCGGUAAAAAUUACAAAUAAA